CCGCCUGAGUUCACAAUGGCUGGAGACUUUGUUACCGGUGGAAUUUUUACCUUUCGCACUGGGUACCGGGACAUCGAGCCCACUUUUCAAACUCUACCCAAUCGUCCAACGUGCCAGAACAUGAAUGUAAGAGAAUUCCAAUUUGCCCAGACCAUGAUUUUUGCCAUUAAGCAAAUAAAUCAAAAUCCUGCUAUUCUUCCUAACCACACAAUGGGCUACAAAAUAUACAAUUCGUGUGGAAUGUCAAACAUUAUAAGGUCGGCUCUAGAUUUAGUCAAUCGGCAGGAGGAGAUCAUUGAUGAGAGGAACUGUACAAAGGCUGACAAUGCGCAGGCUGUGAUUGGUCACUCUGCCUCUGCGCCUACAGUGGGAUUUGCCCGGAUUAUAGGGAGGUUCCAGGUACCAGUGCUCAGCCACUUUGCAACCUGUGCAUGUCUCAGCAACAGAGAAGAGUUUCCAUCCUUCUUCCGAACCAUUCCAAGCGACCUCUACCAGAGCAGAGCUCUGGCAAAGCUGGUGAAGCAUUUCAGCUGGACCUGGGUCGGCGUGAUCAGUAACAAAAACGAAUAUGGCAUCAAUGGGAUCGCCGCAUUUAUGAAAGCUGCACAAGAAGAAGGGGUGUGCGUUGAGUAUUAUAAAGCAUUUGAACAAACAGGUCCUCUUCAUGAGUUGGCAAAAGUAGUUGAAUCUGUAAAGUACUCCACCUCUAAGGUCGUCGUGGCGUUCAUGUCCCACAGAGAGGUUGAUGUGCUGGUGACUGAGAUGUUCAAACAGAACAUCACAGGAGUGCAGUGGGUCGGCAGUGACGCGUGGAUCACAGAGAACGCUCUGGCUGGCAGUGAGGGACACAGCCUCCUGGUUGGCUCGCUAGGCUUCACUGUCAGCAAGGCUAAGAUCCCGGGGCUGGAGGAGCACCUGAGACAGCUCCACCCGUCACAGUUCCCCGACAGUCAGUUUGUCAGAGACUUCUGGGAAGACACGUUUGAUUGCGCUCUGAACGACACUGCGAACACAAAAAGAAAGCCGUGCAACAGCUUUGAGAGCAUGCAGACAGUUGAAUCAUAUUUUACAGAUGUCUUAGAGAUGAGAUUUACUAAUAAUGUAUACAAGUCAGUUUACGCAGUGGCUCAUGCCCUCCACAAUCUGGUCACAUGUGAAGAGGGGAGGGGCCCCUUCUCCAAUGGGACCUGUGCCAAUGCUGGACACAUCCAACCGUGGCAGUUGCUGCAUUAUUUACAGAAUGUCAACUUUACAACAAAUCAGGGGGAAAGAGUGACCUUUGACCAGAAUGGAGAUCCACCUGCAAGAUAUGAACUCGUAAAUAUACAGCUUGUGAGCUCAAGGACCCUGCAUGUCGCCACAGUUGGGGGCUUUGACUCCACUCUGCCCCGUGAGCGCCAAUUUACACUAAAUGACAUGAAGAUAGUUUGGGGAGGAGGAAGUCAUACGGUGCCCGUGUCCGUUUGCAGUGAGAGCUGUCCUCCGGGAAAACACAAAGUCCUUCAGAAAAGAAAACAUAUUUGCUGUUAUGACUGUGCACCGUGUGCAGAAGGAGAAAUCAGUAAUAUUACAGACUCCAUGGAUUGCUUCAGAUGUCCCAUUGAAUAUUGGCCAAAUACCAGAAGAGACAUGUGCAUCUUAAAGGAAAUAGAAUUCUUGUCUUAUGCAGAGCUCAUGGGGAUCAUGUUGACAUGUAUUUGUUUGAUAGGGGCCAUGGUAACAACUAUGAUAGCAUGUGUUUUCUUUCACUUCCGAGAAACUCCUAUCGUCAGGGCCAACAACUCUGAGCUGAGCUUCCUGCUGCUCUUCUCCUUGACUCUGUGUUUCCUGUGUUCUCUGACCUUCAUAGGGCGGCCCACACAGUGGUCCUGCAUGCUGCGACACACUGCAUUCGGCAUCACUUUUGUCCUCUGUAUCUCUUGUGUUCUGGGGAAAACUCUAGUGGUGUUAAUGGCCUUCAGGGCCUCACUUCCAGGUAGUAAUGUGAUGAAAUGGUUUGGGCCUGCACAGCAGAGACUCAGCGUUCUGUGUUUCACUCUCAUUCAGGUUAUAAUUUGUAUUCUUUGGCUGACGAUCAAUCCUCCUUUCCCCUACAAAAACAUGAACCACUAUAAAGAAAAGAUUAUUCUUGAGUGUGCAUUGGGAUCCCCUGUGGGGUUCUGGGCUGUGUUAGGAUACGUAGGGGUUUUAGCCAUGUUGUGUUUCGUUCUUGCUUUUUUGGCUAGAAAGUUACCUGAUCAUUUCAAUGAAGCUAAAUUCAUUACCUUCAGCAUGUUGAUAUUCUGGGCAGUUUGGAUUGCAUUCAUCCCAGCUUAUGUCAGCUCUCCGGGGAAGUUCACAGUGGCUGUGGAGAUAUUUGCUAUUAUUAGCUCUAGUUAUGGACUACUUUUAUGUAUUUUUAUUCCCAAAUGUUAUGUUAUUUUACUUAGACCAGAACAAAACACAAAAAGUCACAUAAUGGUCAGAACAAAAGACUUUCAAUAUUAG